GUUACACUGGCACUUCAUAUCCCAUACUGGAUUUAAUGGACGCUACCUGUCGCGAGCGCUCCCUGUGUUGGUUAUGUCCGCGUCGUAAGCACCGGAUAACAGCGCGCUGACACGGGACGGCGCGAGACAACCAGCAUCUACAGCGGGCUGUUCUUUAACAGAGUGUUGACGGAAAACUGAUAACUAGAACACAGGUGAAAGGACCGCUUCUGCUAUCAUCGCCUGCUUUAUGUUUCCAACUAUUUUUUUCUUUUAUCUGACGAAACAACAACCAUAAUACCGGUGGAUGGUUUUAUCCGCAGUGCCUCGGCCAAACAGCCAAUCGGGGAGCAAAAUGUCAAGGCAGCAGCAGCAGCAGCAGCGGACGCCGUUAAAAGUCACCGACACCGUGGUGGAGGUCAAGAGCAAAUUUGAGGCAGAAUACCGUCGUUUUGCUGUAAAGAAGAAUGGCCCGGGUGGCUUCCAGGAGUUCUACGGCCUCCUCCAAACCAUCCAUCAGAUCCCUGGUGUCGACGUCCUACUGGGAUAUGCCGACGUUCACGGAGACCUACUUCCAAUAAACAAUGAUGACAACUUCCACAAAGCUGUCUCGUCAGCCAAUCCACUGCUCCGCAUAAUCAUAACCAAGAAAGAGGAUGAACCUGUAGUUUUUGGCACCAAUUCCCUCCAGAGGCGUAAAAAGGGGCUGGGCUUAACUGGACUGCGCACCCCUGGCGCAGGAUCCACCCAUUCAAAGAACAGAACAGGCCUAAUGAUUGGCAUGCCACAGAACUUCAGACAGGUCUCAUCCAUUAUUGAUGUGGACAUCUUACCUGAGACGCACCGACGUGUACGACUCCACAAGCAUGGUACCCACAAACCGCUGGGCUUCUACAUUCGUGAUGGGGUGAGCGUGCGGGUGACACCACAGGGUGUAGAGAAGGUUCCUGGGGUGUUCAUUUCUCGUCUGGUACGCGGUGGGCUGGCAGAGAGCACAGGGCUGCUGGGAGUUAACGACGAGAUCCUCGAAGUCAACGGCAUCGAUGUAGCAGGAAAAUCUUUAGAUCAGGUUACAGACAUGAUGGUGGCCAACAGUCACAACCUCAUUGUGACUGUGAAACCGGCUAACCAGAGGAACAACGUGAUGCAUCGUGGGAGUAAAACCUCAAUGGGCAACUCUGGUUCUGUGGGCUCAGCUGGAUCUACAGGCUCCAUUCUGUCACAUGACUCACCAAGCCCCGCCUCUCAGAGCAACCCCAUCACUGCCAGCAACAGCAUUGCAGAAGGCGACAGUGAUGAUGAGGAUGACGAUGGUGACAUCAUUUUGGAGAAUGACUCCCUGAUGCCCCACGACUCCCACCAGGUAACUGAUAGCAACAACGUUAACCUCAACAGAGACUCACCUACCAACGGGCCUCACAGCUCCACUGUGGUCAGGCCCCUCCCUCAGAGCGUCUCAUUGCCCAGUAGCGUUGGUGCAUCCCUGAGUGACAGCUCCAUGACGUCCAAUUACAACAGAAACACAGCCCACACAGCCAGUAAUCGUCAAGAGAGCAUGAGAGAGGACGGCACCAUAAUAACACUGUGACUGUGUCGACACUGACAGCCACACUGUAACAGUGAGGACCAUGCAAUGUUAUGACACGGAGUGCUGUAACCAUGACAACUACAGAAGACAGACUCAGCAGCGCCUUGUUUAAAGGUUCCUUUUGUUGAAUCUAGUUUCUCUUUUUAAAGUGGGCGGAGCCUCACAGCACCACGCCGAUACAGGACAGAGGGUUCCACCGGCCUCCGUACACUGUGGAUGUUCACCAUCUGCAGGCCUACCAGCACUGACUUUUUAUGUUUCUGCGACAUGUUACUGAAGUAAUUUGGAGUCUGAAUGGUCUGGUCCUGUAAGAAACAAAUCAUUUACAGCUGCCCAGGGGGUCAGGUAUUAACUGGACUUAGAGAAAGCAACAAGACAAGACUAAAAGCUCUGGUAAAAGCCAAAAGUCCAUUUGAUGUCAACAUAUGUAGGAACUCAUCUCUCUGCCAAAAUUACCUGUGAAGUACUGCAAAACUGACAAACCCACAGCAACGCCAGUCAGAGACGUCACUGUCCUCUGCCGGGCAGCUGACCUGUUGGCCACGACGAGACAAUGAAUGAACAGUAUAAUGGAGUCAGGGCACUGAGGCCAUGGCAGCACAAAGACCAGCACAAGCAGCACAGUGAGUCAGCAGUAGUGUGUGUGCUGCACAGGUCGGAGGUUCAUUCAAACAAGGCAGUGCACCAAGAGCACGUGGUACGGCAGUGAGAAGCUGGCCUCGUGUUGCAGAGCCACUCCAUUGCCAAUCUGAUGAGUUUAAUCAACAAGGAAAUACUAUUUAUGUUUUAACUAACUCCUACUUGCUUCACAACCCGUAGAUUUAGUUGACAUGUAAAAUGAGAGUUUGUGAUUAAAGUCGUCCACAUUUAUAGCCAGUGAGUAAUCGGUAAAUCAGUCUGCAUCGAGCUCUACAUUAUUAUGAGUGGUUCUUACAGUAUCUGGACAAGUAACUGUUUGAAAUCAGGCAAAUGUAAGAUGAAUGAGAUUUAUUUAUUUCAUCUCUUGUAAUUAUUUAGAUUUUUCCACAAUAAAUCUUAACCUUAAGUCUUACACCAUGAUACAUCAUUCAUCUUACUGGUGUAAUUCAACACUUAUACCCAUAAGGGUUUUCUAAAUGUGCCUAAACAACAGAAAUUGGAAAUUCAGUUUCAUAAGACACAUUACUGAGUAAAAUGAGUGGUCGUCUCUAUGAUAUUCAGCCACAGUUCUUCAGAAAAACUGGUGGAAAUGUGUCCUGACUUGGUGGAGGUUCUUUUUAUAACUUUCAAACUAAAUGGAAGACUAAGAAGCAGAGGCAGCAAUUCCUCAGCCCUCCACAGCUAAAACUAAUAACAUAUACACAUGGAUAUACAAACAAUCAGGGAGCAGGAGUCCGGCAGAGGACUCACUCUUAUCUGAGUCAUACAGUAUGAACCUGUGUGUGAGCUCUGGCGGUCUUACUUUACAGUCUGUAAUGGGGCCUAACUCCAUCACACACUGGGUGCUCUCUUUACUGUCUGACUCACAUUCUGCUUCACCAAAAGACUUUUGGUCUGACAGUCAAACAGUGCCACGAUCAUGUUUACACAAUAGUAUCAGUUCUAUGAUGUACAACAGAAGAUAUAUACUGUGGGAUAUGUUUUCCAUUCAUUUGUCAGAAAUAAAAAACAUGAUCCCCUGACAGAAAUAUUAUACGGUGCUCCAUAGUCUGCCUGGGUUUGUUGUCCUCUGACAGGCAAAAUGUUUGUACUGGUCUCAAGCCAAGCAAACCUGAGAGGAGUCACUCACCAGCACAAGUUAUAAAUGCAAUUCCUUCACAGAGUGUUUGUAAAGUCACUUUUCAAAUGCAAAUUUUAAUUCACUGAGUGUUUACAACCUGGCUUGUUUCCACCCAUGCUCACUAGCUUGCAGUCUGCCUCUUCAGGCUUUGCUGGCGUACUGCUGCGGUUUUUGCCACGUUACACUGGACACUACCCGUUUCUCAUAGGGGAUCUGUGUAUGAUGUAGGGCUGUGAAUGUACGAGGAACCCCAGUUGGAUCCACUGUGUACAGACAGCUGCCACAGUCUGGUUCCUGGUUCUGUUUGUUACACAGCUAAACCAUAGAGUGAAAUGACACAGGGCACUGCACUUUCCUGAAGCACAGACCGAUCCCAGUGUGUGUGUCCCACUGGUCUGUGUGUACAGUACAGAAGGUUGGGUCUAACAUCUGUUCAAGUUACAGUUCAAAUGUAGCUUGAGAUGCGGUAUCUGCAGUCAAACCCUGGCUACGUACUACCAUUAGAACAAGGUACAGUGCUCAGCCUGCGAAUGAAACCCUCGUCGCCAGUCGAGCAGGUCAUGUACACUCUCUCUCUGAACAUGUUGCUUGUCCAAAUUCCACUGGCAAACAGCUGGAUGAAGUUUAAGGAAGCACGAGGAGCACUUGAUUUAUCUUCCACUGAUGCUUUUCAACAAGAUAAGUGAAGUGCACCAGACCUGGCUGUUGUUGUUUAGUGCUGAUGUCAGUAAAUGUUUAAUGUGCAGACACACACUUUCAAAACACAAACAUGUCUCUUCAUUUAAAUAUACAGUAUGUUAAUAUGAAAUAUAAAUGUAAACGUGAGAUUAUGGAGAAGGCAGAUUUUCAUUACCUGGGAGAAGUUUUUAUGUAAGAGAACAUUUUAUAACGUGUAAAAUAUGGAGAGUAUUUUUCUUAUACUUGUACUUUUAAACUGUAUAUGAGAGGAGUGGGGGACUGUGUGUGGAAUGUUGUCACGCUGUGUUCUGUUUGUGUUUCAUGAAGAUGCCUCAUGUAGCUGAAUUAAACAUGAAGGAAGACUUUCACAGAGACAGGAACUUACUGUAUCCAUCAUUAUGUAGAGCAUUUGUCCUUGCUGUUACAUGAUUGGCAUUUUGUGUCUCUGUCUAGAAGUACAGGGUUUGAAACAAACACUGGAACAUGGACACCAGACUACUGGGGUCCCAAAGGCCCCGGCCCCACUGUGUGGCAUUGUGGCAAUUUGUUUGGCACCACUGAUGUACAAUAUAAGGUUGAUGUUGCCAUGGCCCUUAUCCUGUCAGCUUAAACUGACAGUGGCUCCUGAUCUUGACCAUAUCUUGUGGCUGAGUUUUGGUGAAGGACCCUGUGUCAGCAUGUGCUUACUGAAUAUUUCUGUUGAUAAUGAUAUUGCAUAGGGUACAUUCUUUCCUUCUUUAUUUUUUUACUUCUCUUGGCUGAAUAUGUUAUACACACAAGGAGUUCAUUAGUAGUACA